AUGCCUUCCUUAAAGCCCAACAAGACAGGUAAAAAGGGACGUGGCUUGGGGGCCUUAAGCGAGUCAAGCGAGGCUCAUCCCACAGAAAACUCUUCUUCCUCGAGUCUGACCUCGUCUUCUCGUCCUCCUGCAACCUCUGCAAUCUCUUCAAAUUCCAUUGCACGUUCAUUCUCAACUCAUCCUGUUUCCCAACCUCAGAUACAAUCUCAUCACAUUUCAUCACCUAGUCCAGUUUCAACUGGCUGUUGCUCCCAGUGUACCAAGUCUCGACUGUCUUCCUCAUCGACUCGACCUUCUUCGUCUCGAUCUACCCAUUCUCAUAUCUCUCCCUCAUCAGCAGGACCAUCAUCUCGUCCUCGCUCACUAGCAUCUUCUUCUCGUGCUCGUUCUUCUCACAUUUCUCCAAACCCCCUUAUUCCCUCACUUUCCACCACUCCACGUCGUCCACCAGGUUCUCGCCGACGUCGUCGUGUCAGCCCCUCUUCCAGUCGUAAGGACGCAAUGGCUCCUGCGUCUAAGUCCACUUUUGGCGGAGUCCUCACUGAUAACGAGCUUGGUAACUUGCAAUACCAGCUUAAGUUACGUACCAUGGAGCUUCACCCAGACCAGUGGCCUGCUGAGGCGUUCCCAGCUGCAUUGCGUUCUUUAAUCAACAGUAACGCUUCUGAGCUUUCCAAGGUCGUGUUCAUCAACAAGGGCCAUCUCUACCUGCUCAUGAAAACAAUGACAGAGGACGUCAAAGAUGAACGCAGCAACGUGCAACUGGUCAUGCUGAAGCCUGUUCCUUCCGCCGUCUUUCAAAACGACAUCGUCUGGGAUUGGAACAUCGCCCCUCACUGUCGCUUCACUCAUCUCGAAGCUCAGCAGACUCUCAUCCUCCACAUUGCGAAGGAGACGCGUUAUAUGGAAUCAUUGCCUGCGUCUGAAAUGAUCUAUGAUGACACCGAUAUGGGAGUUCAGGGUCAUGCUUUGGGCCGUUUCAAGUACGGUCUCAACAAAAAUUUGGUUGCAAUGGGCAUCUCCGGAGAGGAGUGGGAGUUCGUCUACAACCAAUCCCGUUACAGCCGUGGUGCCAUCAUCCUCGACGGAAAUCCAGCUGCUCACGAAUCAACUCACUCUUGUGAUCGCAUGUUCAUCCCACGUAGCAACUGCAGUCUCCAAGUUGAUGCAAACCAGAAGCCUUGGCCCACUUUGGUCGUUGAGACAGGCCCUGCGUAUUCCAACACUGCUUCACGCUUGUAUCUCCAAUACUGCGCUGACUGGUGGUUCACUCAGAGCCAAGGUGCUACCAAGUACGUCGUGAUCAUGUACUUCAAUUACGCACGAGUGGAAACCAUCGCCGAGCUGUGGGUUUCAGAAUCUGUCCCACCAUACACCAAGUCCCUUGUUCAAACCGUCGUCGUUAAUCUCCAGAAAGACAACAAGGGUAAAAUCCACAUCAUCGUGACUGGUGAGCCUAUGAAAUUCGACUUUGAGACCUUGAUGGCUCGCAAGAAGCGUGAAGGCGAGAAGGACAUCGUCUUCGACAAAGGACUCAUGAACGGAUGGGGGAAUGCCUUCCAGUGUCCCUGGCCCAAUCUCGGUCCCAAGCGUCGCAACAACAUGAAGAUGUCUGGUAUUAGUAUGGAAACCGCCCGCCAGAUCCUCGGGUGUCCCCUCGAAAGCGUCAAAGAACAGCUUGGUCCUGCAUUGACUGAGGCGUUGGAGAGGGCUGAGAAGUUCUCCAAGACCGUCAAGGCGGGGGCCAAUAUCCCCAAAUCGCGCAUGAAGGUCACUUUGACUCAGGGUGGUGGUGAGGAAGAGAAGAAGGUCGGGGGUAAGUUCGACCGAGAAGAGCAGCAGAUCCCGGUGGACCUAUCCAUCGAAGAGGCCAUGGUAAUCAUGGCCAAGAAGUGA